GUUUAAUUGUGUACAAGAGUUCCUUUUUUUUUUUUUUUAAUAUUUCCUGGUUUUAUAAACUCGGAUGUUGAAACUCUGUCCAGUAAUGGGAGUUUUCAGUGAAGUGAUUGUGUUUUAUUGGAGGGAAUAAGACUUUGUCUUCAGGGCAUUUGAUUCCUCAUUACUUAUUGUAAUCAGAAAUCUUCAAGGGGCCAGUGGGCCACUAGAUUGAAGCAGAAGAUCUCUUUCCAUAUAAAUAUUUUUCUCUUAAUUUUUCUCUGAUAUAUAUGGCAGUAAUAAUUAGUUUCUUCUGUGUUUUGUAACUUUUUUUUUUUUAUUGUAUUUGGCAGGUUUGAAUGUUGAAAUUUCCGCCAAUUGUUUUUAUGUCUAAAUUGACUAUAUUAGCCUUUUCUGUCUUAUCUUUCAUAAACGUUUCCCUGUUUUCUCGCCUUUGCAGGCAUAAAUAAGGAGGGGUAGUUCUGGUUCUUGCCAUUAUAUCAUUUUUGUCGUUCUUUACUGUAAAAUCUGACACUUAAGGGUGUAGGCGUUGGUUUCAGCUUUUUGAGUUUUGACGUUUGGUUUUCAAAAUUCUGUCAAUUAAGGUAAAGAAGAUAGACAAGAGGGAGAUGGUGCAAAUGAUGAACAAGAUGGAAACUUCACGUUGGUGGUGGUUUGAUAGUCAUCACAACGGCUCAAAGCGCUCUCCAUGGCUCCAAUCCACUCUUUCUGAGCUGGACACGAAGACAAAGGCGAUGCUAAAAUUGAUAGAGGAAGAUGCAGAUUCAUUUGCUCAACGUGCAGAAAUGUAUUACAAGAAGCGGCCUGAGUUGAUUAGCAUGGUUGAAGAUUUCUACCGAGCCCACCGUUCGCUUGCUGAGCGGUAUGAUCAAGCUAAGUCAGACCCUGGAACUCGUCUCAUAACAGCAUUAGGAUCCCCAUUUUCUUCCACGAAGUACCUCUCAGAGAAGACACCAAAUGUGACAGAUAAAACCUAUGAUAGCUACUCUGAGACUUUUGAUUCUGAAGACUAUGCUGAAUCUGAAGUUGAUGACCCUGAACAUGAAACUGAGGAAGAAGUUGGGGAUCCUGAGCAGGAAGACAAAUGCGAAACCGAUAUAAUAAUAAAAGAUGUUCAAAAGGAAGAUGGAACCCGACUUGAUCAAGAAGUAACAGAAGAAGUUUCAAGUGAGGUCUGUGAUGAAGUAAUGAAGCUAAGGGAAGAAGUAGAGAGACUGAAAGAAGAGAACAAGUUUCAGAAGGCUCAAUUAAUGCAGAAAGAUGAAGAGAAGAGAGAGGUGAUUAGGCAACUCAGUUUGGCUGUCCAAGUGCUCAAGGAUGAGAAUAUGGUGCUCAAGAAGAGUAUCGUGAAAGAAUCCCCCAGGAAAUGGAGUCCCCUUGAAUUCAGCAAAUUAAAGGGAGGACUUUUUGGGAUGUUAUUCAAUGGAUCUCUGAAGUCUCAUGCUAGUGUUGUUGCUCUGUAGUUUUAGUUUGGUUAC